UGAUUUUGAUUGAUUUUGAUAAUUUUGGGUAAUUUUGUUCACAAUUUUCAGCAUUUUCGGGUUACAUAGAAGAAACUCUAUCUGUACUUAUGCUAUGAUUAAAUAGGGGAAACUCAGUGAAAAUGGCUGAACAACUAUUAAUACACGAUGAUAUCAAACUGUACACAACAGCUGAUAAAUUUUAUUUUGAACCAACCAUCAAUCCGACAGAGGUUUUGGUCAUUGACAGAAUCACAGGGGAGGCUUCAGUUAAAGAUAUCAAAACAGUGAAGAUACCAAUACCAGCAAAUGCAUACAAACCUGUGUGUGGGUUUCUUGGCUCCAUUAAACUUAUAUCUGGAAUGUACCUAGUUGUAGCAAAGUAUAGGAUUUUGAUAGGUAAAAUAAAUGGUCAGGAUGUAUACCAACUAGCAGGCACUGAUAUAAUUCCAUACACACGUUCCACCAAUCAUCUUACCAACAAACAGAUUGAAGACAACAACACAUAUGAGCGGUUGCUCCGUGCGGCGCUUGACACGCCCGGUAUAUAUUUCUCAUAUGGCUACGACCUCACUCAUUCCAUGCAGAGGUUGCACUCGGUUCCACCAGAUUUUCACAAGAUGUCGCUAGCGAGUCGUGCAGACUCCCGAUUUCUGUGGAACGGCCACCUUCUCAAGGAGUAUUCGCACCAGCAGUUCUCCCGAUUCGCACUUCCUAUCAUUGAGGGAUUCGUAGCAAUAAACCGCGUGACAGUAAAUGGCCACCAGUUGUCGUGGUCGCUUGUGUCUCGGCGCAGUGUGGACAGAGCUGGCACCAGGCUGUUUAUGCGUGGGAUUGAUGCACAGGGCAAUGUAGCAAACUUUGUGGAAACCGAACAAAUAGUAGAGCGGGGAGGCGAGAAAUCCUCUUUCGUCCAAACCAGAGGGUCCAUCCCCCUAUACUGGAGCCAGUACCCGAACCUCAAGUACAAGCCCGCCGUCGCGUUAUCACCGGAAGAUCACGUCGCGGCCUACACCAGACAUCUAAGGGACCAGUUGCAGAGAUAUGGGAACCAAGUGCUGUUGAAUUUGAUUGACCAGCACGGCAAAGAAGAAGGCUUGGAGCGCGGCUACAGGGCGGCCGUGGCGGCGGCCGCUUUGCCCGCAGUGCGCUACGAGCCUUUCGAUUUUCAUGCGGAGUGCCGCGGCAUGAGAUACGACAGGCUCAACGUGCUUAUGGACCGGAUAGCGCAUGAACAGACGGAAUUCGGCUACUUCCUGUCCCGAGGCGGCACAGUGCUGCUCCGUCAGAGCGGCGUGUUCCGAACCAACUGCGUGGACUGCCUGGAUCGCACCAACGUGGUCCAGAGCUUACUCGCCAAGAGGCAGCUGCUGGCCGUGCUGAAACUGCUGGCGGUCAGCACGGGAGACGAGCAGCAUCCACAUUUAGACAAUUUGUUUAACACUGUAUGGGCAGACCACGCCGACAUGAUUUCGGUGCAAUACUCGGGCACUGGCGCGCUCAAGACCGACUUCACUCGCACGGGCAAGCGCACUCGCCUGGGCCUGCUCAGGGAUGGGAUCAACUCUCUCACGCGAUACUACAAGAACAACUUUAGCGACGGCUUCCGUCAGGAUGCCAUCGACUUGUUCUUAGGCAAAUACGUGGUAGUGGAUGGUGAAGGCAACACCGUGCUGUGUCCUCUACGGCGAGAUCGAGACUGGAAGUAUAUUACGUUCCCAUCGGUGCUGCUGGUGGCGGUGUCGAUGUUCUGCGCGAGCGCCGCGCUCCCUUCGCGCAGCUCCACGGAAGUAUUGCUGUAUCUUAUGUUUUGGGGCGCAGCCGUCGGGGCCACGCUCACCUUCAUAUUCAGACACGGCACGGAGUUCGUGGACUGGCCUCGGCUGGACGGCGGCGGGCUGGCCACGAGCCGGGGCGUGCCGCCGUCGCCUUUAUGAUCCACGUGCCGCUCGUAGUCGUCGUCUGACCGUUCCCCUCCACACCACACACUAUACCACUCACUACACACUUCACAGUAACUGGCCAACGACUUGAGCACGCAUGAAACGUUUCUGAUACGAACCGGCUAAGGUGUGGAAUGCCCUUCCGCGUCCGUGUUUCCUGCCACGUGUAACCCUAAAUACCUUCAAGGCAAGAGGGAUCUUCUAGACAAGCACACUCAGACUUAGAUCUCAUCAUUGCU